UUUGAGCUGGCGGAAGCCGCAGUGUCGCCGAAGAAUUUGUCGUCCCAGUUCUUGGCCAUAAUCAUCGCCUCGGUCGUGGCAGUCGUCGUCUUCUCCUGCGUUCUGAUUUUCAUUUGCCUCUGCGUCCGACGUCGACGUUCUGGCAAACGAGACCGCAAGUCGCCUCAGAACGGAUCCAGCAAGAAGCAAAACGGCACUUUGGUGAGCCAUCAUUCAACCGGCAGUUCCAUUGUGGGCAUCAGCCCGAUGAGACCCGCUCCACUGACCCGGGACUCGGGUUGCGCCUACGAGAAAAUCCCGGAUGUGGAGACGAGGAUCGGGGACGAUGAAAAGAGUUUCGACGACGAGUUCUACAUGAAGAACGGAAGAGGACUGGUUGGAGGUGUUGGCGGUGGUGGGACGAUGAUGAAGGGUUACAAUGGAGAGUCUAGUUCGAGGAGCACGAGAACCCCGGAGACGGCUUCCUUGCAUUCCGAUCAUCCGCCGAGUCUGUACAAUGACGCCUCUGCGAAUUUCCCCGACCUUCUGAACAUUGCGCAGACUCGAAAGUUCUCGAGCCCUGCGUCCAUGUAUGCGGAAUGGGCGCCACCGUCUCAGAUGUCAUACGUGACCUUGCCACGGCGUCCGAGAGCAUCGUGGAGCCAUCCCGUGAACCCGUCUACUGUCCCGGCGUUUACAUACAUUCCGGAUGCCGAAUCGAGUCCGAAAAUCCGACUGGACCCUGUUUACGACAAUCUGGGACCCAGGACUACUGCUGAUGGAACCCUUCGACGACCGAGUACAUCAUCGACCUCAAGCUCUGUGUCCCACAGGAAUGGGAGAUCCCAACAACAGCCGAUGGGCAGAGGGGAUUAUUACGCGGAUAUCCCCGAUUUCGCUGAUCAUGCGGCUGCGAGGAGAGGAUUCCAAUACUCCACAUUGCCAAGAUCCACGCCGAAUGUUUCCGAGGCCCAGAUUCCAAUGACGCAUCAAAAUUAUCGACUUCCUCCAGUCCGUGAAGAAUCUCACGGGCCUGCCGACGGACGACCUUCUUCCGUGCAAAACCUCAGGAGGAACCACGUGCAAAACCAGACGACCAGGCUUCAACAAGCGCUGAUUGAAGAACAAGCAGCGCUCACGCAGGAACUGAUGAACGGGCUGGAAGACUCUGAUGGGGACUUUGACCUUCCUCCGCCUCCGGAAUCCGUAAUGAACGACGACGUGAAAACCAUGAAGAAAGUUCCGCCGAAACCUCCUCCAAAGCCGUCGAAACUCUCGACGCUGUCGCGGGACUCUUCGAUCACUGUCGACAAUUUCCAAGACGAGGGAGACGACGGAACGGAAAUUUGAAAUUGACUGACUUUUUUCGUUGAUACCGUGUGUUAUGCAUAUAUUUUUCAUGAUUCCCUUGAUCUCAAACGUUUUCGUUUUGUUUCUUGACGUUAAUUGGAUCGAGGACAUGUACGAAGGAAUCAAAAAGAGUUUUGAGGUCCACUUCGAGGUUUUGAGUUCGAAACCACAUUGUUCCUAUGUCAAGAGAAAAAAAUGCUGAUUUGUCGCGCGAGAAACUGUGAUAGUUUACUGCUCUUUUUUUUUUUAGCAGAAGAUAGUUCUGGAAAAAUUAACUACUUUCGAUUAAGCUUUCCUUCCGUUCGGAUGAUGACAACUUAUGGUCCUUGUUUCCGUUCUGGAGAGCGGAACUACGUUUUUCAUGAUACAUUUCCAUUUCGAGGCUUGAAAAUUGAACUCGGAAAUUUCAAAACCUUGAUACCACAUAAUUUGUAUUGAAGGAAAAGAGAUUUUUUAAUGUUGUUAUCGAGUUCUUUUGAUUUCUGAAGGCUAUUUUCGUUCGUAAGUUAUGUUUUCAUCGCAGCUUCUCGAUCGACGAUUUCUUGCUGGAAACAGAGCUUAAUUUGUUGAGCGUAAUUGAUCGGUGUUCAAGAAUUCGUUUUCCUUGACAUUCUUUUUAAUUUUUUUGCUAAAUAUAAAAAAAUAUUAUUCAUGGUUAUUCUCUGCGAAUGAGUGAGCAGUUCUGUGGAAGCUGUGCUUUAAUUUCCACUCGUUGUUCGCAUAUUUUUUCGCAUUGCGGACGACUUGGUACGAUUCAUGGACGUGGAUGUUUUAAAUGUUCGGAAAAGUGAGUCAAUAGUUUGAUGGAAUGAAUUGGAUCUUGAGCGUGUUUUGAUAUUCUCAGACUUGCUAUGAUGUGAAUAUGAGCUUUCACUGUUAAGCUUGUAAGUUUGUUUUUCUGCCUGGAAAUGUGCUGUUUUUUUUCUCCAUCUCUUUGUUGAUUGAUCGAAGGAAUCGGAACGUCCGCGAUGCUGUUCGAUAGUUGAGUGGAGCUGAGUGAUUGUUUUUUUGUUGUUUUCCGUUUCUUUUCCGACGGGGGAAUUUUUGGAAAUACAGGUUUUGUGCCUGCUUUAUA